AAAAGAUUCAACCUUUGUCUCUCUCCUUAUUAUAUUUCUUUCCAUUUCAAGAAUCUGAAACCCCUUCAUCUCAUUUCUUCUUCUGAACAAACUUCAUUUUCAUUUCAAUAGCAAUCGCCUUCACAAAUUCGAAAUCUUGUGCUAAAUUUGGUUAUCAUUUUCCUUCAAUUUCAAUGGCAAUGGCAGCGAUUUCACCUGAAUCCCAAAUGAAUCAAAGAACAUGGCCGUGUAAUUCGGACGGUGGUCCUCGUUUCACCGCCAUUUCGUUUAUCGGAAAACAUGUCAAUAAGAAUGAUAAUCGAAGAUUAACAAACAACCCCACAAACAAUAAUUUCCAAAUUAAUCCAAAAAAUCAAGAUUUCGCUGAUUUUUCACAACUUCCUGACGAUGUGCUAUUGAAAAUUGCAGCUAAUUUCACUUUGCCUAAUUUACGUGCGGCUUCACAAGUAUGUAAGUCUUGGUGUGAUGGGUUGAAACCUUUAAGAGAAGCUAUGUUGUUUCUUAAAAAUGGGAAGCGGUUUAAGCAUGGGCGUGGAGGGGUGAAACCUGAUUUGAAUAAGGCUCUUGAAUCGUUCCUUAAAGGUGCGACUCUUGGGUCUACGUUGGCUAUGGUGGAUGCUGGAUUGGUUUAUUGGGAAAUGGGGAGGAAGGAACAAGGGAUUGCUUUUUACAGAAAAGCAGCUGCGCUUGGUGAUCCUGCUGGUCAGUGUAAUUUGGGGAUUUGCCUCUUGCAAGCUAACCCUACGGACACUGAGGAGGCUAUUAAAUGGCUGUACAAAGCUUCCGUUGCAGGCUAUGUUCGAGCUCAAUACCAACUUGCCCUUUGUUUACAUAAAAAUCGUGGCCCGAGUAGGAAUCUUCGUGAAGCGGUAAGGUGGUUUCUAAAGGCAGCAGAAGGUGGAUAUGUACAUGCUAUGUACAAUAUAGCAGUGCGCUACUCAGUUGGAGAAGGUUUAGUUCAAUCUCACAAAUUAGCAAGGAAAUGGAUGAAGAGAGCAGCUGAUCGCGGGCAUAGCAAAGCCCAGUUUGAGCAUGGACUCAGUCUAUUUUCCGAAGGGAACAUGAAGAAAGCUGUUGUAUAUUUGGAGCUUGCCACGCGUGCUGGUGAGACAGCAGCUGAUCACGUCAAGAAUGUUAUACUUCAAGAGAUGUCCACUUCUUGUCGCGACAGAGCCAUGCUUCUUGCUGAUAAUUGGCGUCCUUUGCCUUCUUCGUCUCACUGAUUGAGUCUCCUUCUUGUUAUUUUUUUCAGCCUUAAUGCUGCCUAAGCAUAUUUUCUCUAGCAUGCUACUUUUGAACUUGUUCAAGUACAAAGUGUAAAUAUACAUUAGUUUUUCUUGUAAAUAAUAUUUUUUGCUUUAAAAGUUAUCAUUUCUUUAUGGUUUCUA